AUGAGCUUUAUGAAGGGGAUGAAUCUUAAACAGCGUUUUGGAUUCAUGUCGAACAUGGGUGAUUCGGCCUGGGAGCGAACCCCAGUCGAAAUUUGGAUGCUGAUUCUCGGCCAUGCUAUCGCUUCUCCCCUUUCCCCCUUUCUAGAGGAUGGUACACUCCCUUACGGUAUUGUAGAAAGUAUCGAUACUUUCACAAACUGGUGUUACUCCUCAAAGAGACUCCGAAACACUAUUCUACGCCUCCGGUCCGUGUGUCGCACUUGGUCAAAUAUCCUGAGAGACGUUGCAAUGGAGUGUAUAUUCUUAGAUGUACAUCUAGACAAGACUGCACGAGAACAGGUGCCCAGCAAAACUAGGCGGUUGUACAUUGGAGCGCCGACCGAAUGUUUGUGUGGCCAAGUUCAAAAUUGUAUGUUCCGCCAUUCGGAAGAUAGCGGUGAAGACACCCCUAUAGAGAUCGACACGUCUACUCUUCUUGAUAUAUGCUCCCCGAAUGUCAAGAUUCUCAUGCUCGCCCAUGGGUGUCCACAACUGCCCCUCGACUUUCUUACCCGACUCCCAAACAUAUCGGCCUUAUCCUUAGACGAUUUCUUCCUUCCAGACCUCCAAGCAUUACAAAAAUUUCCCUCUCAACUCAUUCAUAUCAGCCAUCUUCGUCUUU